ACUGGUGCACAAAUUUCCAGAUAAGCUUGGAGUGAAUAUACACCAUAUUUUUCUUUAAGGUUCUUUACAUAUUUUUAAGCUUCUACAUGAUUCAUCUGAAAUUACAUUUUAGUCUAUUAAAAGUUGACUGAGACGAUCACAGAGAUUGAAAAUUCCUCAAUUAUCAAAUGGCUAUGUCUACUCUUCUUUGUUAUGUCUGUUCAGCCAUGGCCAAAGCCAAUUCUCUCAAGGAUGGACUAGCUACUGCUCUAAUGGAUUAUUGGGUUGCUAUAAACACAGUCAUAUCUGUUGCCAUCUAUUUCUUUGAUUUUGUUACCAAUAUUCUCACUGCCAUAGAAUACCAUGAGUUGGAUUUUAAGAAAGAAAAACCCACAUAUGGAUGUGAAGGAAAGGAAUGGUAUAAGGGUAUAUUUACAGGGAUGUUCACAGCUAUUAUCUUUGUUAUGGUGGCAUCACAGAUUCUGAAUGCUAUUGUCUUUUGGGUGAGCGGAGAUGUGAAGAAAGGGGCAAUGAAAACAGCCUUUCUGCUACCCCUCAUUCACUUGAGGAGAAUGAUUCUCUUCAUCAGAAGCAGGGGAACUAUAAAAGGUUUGCAGGAUUUGAGGUCAGAAAACAUAGAUGCACUGAAUAAUGUAUUAGCUGCUGCUCUGGAGACUGGGCCUCAAUUGUUCCUGCAGUUUCAUGUGUUCUUGUGGGGUGGAUAUUACCUUGCAUCCCAAAUGGAUUCCCCCAAAAUUGCAUUUGUUUCAAUUGCAGCCUCCUUAAUCUCAGUAUCUUACAACUGUUGUGUAGCCAUCCUCACCCUCAUAGAUACAUCAAAGGCCACCUUCUUUGCUAGAAUAUCAAUUGCCCUUGUAGCAGGGCAGGUGUAUUCUCACUCUGUGCAGUGACAGUGAGAUGCAUUGGAUUCCAGCUACUGAUAGCUCUGGCGGUUGAUUCUGGUGGAGAGAAAUGGGUUGGCCACUUGGGUGAAGCAAUGCGUUAUUGCAUACCUUACCUUGUAGCCACAAUACUCAUGCCUGCAUUCUUUUUCCUGGGGGAGCUCAGAAAGACACACUUAUCAAAUCUACGCUCAUUGCUUCUGUGUAUUGCUUUCACCUACAUGAAUUUCGUUAUUGGGCCUCUCUAUAUGCUGCUGAAAAUUGAAACCAAAAAGGGAAAAGAUGAGGCCAAGAGAUUUCAGCCCGGGCUAAAGUUUCUUAUAUGUUUCUCUUAUGUGGUUCCCGACCUUGUGUUGGGUGUCAUAGUUAGAAUGAAGCCCCACUGGUAUGGAUGCUCACCCUGUUCUCCUCUGUCUCUUCCAUAUCACCCUCACCUUCGCUUCCCUGUUACAAUCUUUUCUUGCUCGCAGUUAACAGUCUAUUUGUUAUCUACUGUCUGUAUUUAUUGGGGGUCACUUUUAUCUCGUUAUGUGAUGGAGAAACGAGAGGAGGAGAAUAUUAGCUCUCAACAAUGGCAGAGCACAAGAAAGAGAAAGACUGAGGAAAGCUACAGAGCCACCCACAAAAAGCAGAAGACAAACUCCUUCAUGGUUAAUAGUUUCACUAUUUAAGCCAUGUACACGAGAGAGAACAAGGAGAGAUAUUGAGAAUGAUGAUAUAUGAGAUUUUAAGUAUGUAAUAUAAAUAUAUGAUGGCUGAUGCUAAAUGAUAUUGUAUACAUUAUGAA